CAGAGGAAUUUAACUGGCAGCGCUGAUAGACCCGAGAGCAGGAUUCCCUGAGACAUGGAGCGAGAACCGAUGCGCAUAAGGGAGGGUUACUUGGUUAAGAAGGGCAGCAUGUUUAAUACCUGGAAGCCAAUGUGGGUUGUGCUCUUAGAAGAUGGAAUUGAAUUCUACAAGCGGAAGGCUGACAACAGCCCCAAAGGGAUGGUCCCACUAAAAGGAAGUUCUAUUAACAGCCCAUGCCAAGAUUUUGGGAAAAGAAUGUUUGUCUUCAAACUUACUGCGGCCAAGCAGCAGGACCACUUUUUUCAAGCUGCCUACUUGGAAGAAAGAGAUGCCUGGGUACGGGAUAUCAAGAAAGCAAUUCAUUGCAUAGAUGGAGGCCAAAGGUUUGCCAGAAAAUCCACAAGGAAGUCUAUCAGACUGCCUGAAACAAUCAACUUGAGUGCUUUGUACCUCUCAAUGAAAGAUCCUGAAAAGGGAAUAAAGGAGUUGAAGCUGGAAAAAGAUAAAAAAGUGUUCAAUCACUGCUUUACAGGCACCUCUGUGAUUGACUGGCUGGUGUCUAGCAACUCCAUUCGAAAUCGCAAAGAAGGUCUCAUGCUUGCCUCUUCCCUCUUGAGUGAAGGCUACCUACAGCCUGCAGGGGAUACGUCCAAGGCUGCUGCCGAGGGACUGUCAGACACCCCCUUCUUAGAUCUCACUGAUGCCUACUAUUACUUUCCAGACAGUGGGUUUUUCUGCGAGGGAAAUUCUAGUGAUGAUGAUGUGGUCCUGAAAGAAGAAUUCAGAGGCAUAGUAGUCAAACAAGGAUGUUUGCUGAAACAGGGACAUCGGAGGAAGAACUGGAAAGUCAGAAAGUUUGUUUUAAGAGAGGACCCUGCAUACCUUCACUACUAUGAUCCUGCUGGAGGAGAAGAACCACUAGGAGCAAUUCACUUGAGAGGCUGCGUGGUGACAGCAGUGGAAGAUAUGCCAGACUCCAAGAAGUAUGAUGUUGACAACAUCCUCUUUGAAAUCAUCACAGCAAAUGAAAUCCACUAUUACUUGCAAGCAGCCUCAUCCACAGAGCGUACAGAGUGGAUCAGAGCAAUUCAGGCUGUUGCUAGGACUGGAAAAUGAAGAUGAUCUGCCAGCGAGAAGACAGACAACUGGAAUUAGUUACUCAAAACAACACAAGAAUGUUAGCAUUUCACUGAGAAGAAGCAAAUACGAUCCAGAAAGGCAUCCUAAGGCUUGU